CUUCAUUUUCUAACCACAUCUUCAUUACAACGUUCUAAUACAUGUCCAAGAGAAAGUGUAUCUCUCCAGCAAUUUUAAACGCAGAACUUGAAGCUGUCCGCGGCAAGGUCUCCCUUGAAGAGACAGAGGAGUCAUGGGACAAGAUCGAGCAAGGCAUUAUGCAGCUCACCCAAUGUUGUAAUAACGGCGGAUGCGACUUUGCCACAGAAAUGGUUGCCGGUAUACGCUCGCUUUCAAGACCACUCAACCACGCUAUGAACUCGGAGCGCAGUAGACUGUCCGGUUCUACUAUUGAGCUUGUAAACGCUCUGUUGGCGGGUUUGGGCCCCUCAUUUGAACCACUCGUCUCACUGUUUAUGCCGACUCUUCUCGGGCUUUGCGGCCGGACCAACAAGGUGUUCACUAACCGAGCGAAGGCGUGCAUUCUCGCUGUGAUUGAAAAUACCCAAUUGCCUUCCCUUCUGCCAUAUCUCGCGGAUUCGCUAAAUCACAAGUCGGUUCUUCUUCGGCUAGUGGCUGCAGAGGGCAUUCUUGCUUGUCUCAACUGUUUCAAUCCUCCUGAUAUUGAGAAGGAUACUCGUGCCCGUCUUAUCGAGGACGUCAUCAAGUUGUCUGCCCGGGAUGCUAGCGCAGAUGUUAGAAGAGCGGGGAAAAUGAUUUUUGAGGCAUACAAAGCCCUUUUGCCUGAUCGCGUGGAGAGUUUCAUUGCACCCUUAACCCCUGUUAUCAAGAAGUACUUAGAUGUGCAAGGCACAGCUGCUUCGCGGUCGACUUCGCAAGCACUCUCUCGUGGUCCUGCAGUGACGGCAAGGGUAACCUCGAGGCCAAUCGGAUCCCUCCAAGCUCAGAAGAUGAGUUCUCAUUCUAGAGCUACAUCCAUGCAGCGCGCUACUGCCGCCGGAGUUUCAUCGGAGCGACCAACACGACCUCCUAGCUCUGAGCCACAGCGAGAGGUGACCGCAGUGAAGCCGCGUGUUGUAUCAAGUCAAGUGACCUCCAAUGCAAGCGCAGGGCCGUCGGUGAGAGAACCGCCUCGCCAAGGCGCACUUCGUCCCCCUUCGGAAACAGGCCCAUCGACUAUACAGAGUACAAAUCGACGAAAGGAUAUUCCACAUCAUGUAGUUCCCACUACCCAGGGCCCUCAGCGGGUAGGGAACAUGCUCUUGAAGCCACACGAUGAGAAGCCCCGUGUUGGAGGUGCUCGAAGAGUUCUCAUUCCCACAGCUCCUGCACCAGAAGCUGACGAGAGUGUGAUGACGCGCACGGUGUUCAAGACCGGUCCUCCGUCAGUCAAGCCGCCCUCAGUUAGCUCACUCGCACCAGCUCUUGUCUCGAAACGUGAUCCAAAGAAUCACCUCGUAACCACAAAGAUUCACUCAACUGCUACCGCCAGGCCAUUGUCUCGAACGGGACCACGGACAAUGACGAAAUUAGAGCAGCCGCCAACCAGGGGUACAAGCUCUCGGCUUGGCCAGUCGCGGUCACCGACCACGGCAGUCGAGCAACAAACGUCAUCGCAGACUUCUCGCAAGCAAGUUGCUGCAUCAAGUCGUUCCAGCCAGCAAGCCGUAGAUCAGAAAAAGCCGGUGUGGGGAGGACGGUCUUCCGCCAAAACCUCUAAGCCCGUUGUCAAGGCGCUUUCGAUACAUCCCAAGCCGGGCAGUACGAAGAAUCCUGAUACUAGCAAGCCAGCACCGGAACAUAUACCAUUGCCGCCCAGCCCCACUAUAUGCCCUACCACAGUGCCUCUACCAUCUUCCCCAGCCUGUAGUCCCCGUCAGUCAUGCCAGCUUGAGCUACCAACAUUAGGAGAGUCAUCUACACAAGUCACUACUGACGACACGCACGUUGCGUGCCCUCCUUCCAUCGAUGCUACGCCUUCACCACGCAUCAUUGACUUUCAAGAGUCCCCCUCCAAAACUCCCAUUACAGCGCUCCUUUCAUCCAUUCAGCGCGGAUUCCUGUUUACGCCUUCGUCGCCGCUCUCACCUCCCCAGGCUUAUGUAACUGAAGUUAUUGCUCAUACAUACCGCCCGAACAGCCCAACAGCUUGCAAAGAUAUAGCCUGGGUCGGUAUGGUUCAGGACAAUGCAGCACGACAAGCAUUAGAGGUGGUGGAUAUAAAUUAG